AUGGGAUCAGCAGAUGAGGAAGAAUUUGCCCGAGAGAAAGAGGCAAAGCGAAAGGCGACAGGGAAGGGAAAAGAGAAAUCAUGCCAGACUGAGCCCAUAAUCCCCUUUCCAGGCAGAAUGGCCAAGGAACAAGAGAAGGAAGAAUUAACCGAACUGGUUAAAAUCUUCAAAAAGGUGGAGGUCAAUAUGCCUCUUUUGGUCGCACGACGCUCUAUGCCCAGAUGUGCGAAAUUUCUCAAUGAACUCUGCACUCGGAAGGUCAAAUACACUGAUGAUGCGAAAUUUCAAGUUGGAGAGUCCGUAUCCGCGGUUUUACAACGAGAUAUGCCCAUAAAAUGUGGGGAUCCUGACAUGUUCUACAUUCCAUGUGUAAUAGGAACCAUGAAGAUGGAGAAGGCAAUGCUCGACUUAGGGGCGUCCAUCAAUAUUAUGCCCUUAUACAUGUACCAGGACCUGGAGAUAGGACCGCUGAAGCCCACCCGUGUGGUAAUCCAACUGGCAGAUCGAUCAAAUGUCUACCCAGAGGGAAUAUUGGAAGACGUUCUGGUCAAAGUGGAGGAACUCAUCUUUCCAGCGGACUUUUACAUUCUCGACAUGGGGAAGUCAAAAGCACGAGAUCCGCCGAUACAGAGAUGCAUGGUGAAAAGUGUCGACAUGAUCGAGAAGGUUGUUGAGGAGGUUUUGCCCAGAACAGCAUUCAAGGAGCCAUAUGACACUAUAAUCCAGAAUGGCAUAACCGAGGAAGACUUGCAAGAGGAGCAUUUGCAAGAGGCGGUGAAGAUACUUGAUGCGUGGAGCGAAGGGGUCAACCACACAGAGGCGCUGAAAAUCCCCACCCUGAAGGAAGAAGACCGACUUGUUCCAUCAAUCCAGAGGGCACCCAAGCUCGAGCUGAAGUCUUUGCCCAAACACCUCAAGUAUAUCUUCCUGGGCGAGGAUGACACUUUGCCCGUAAUCAUCAAUUCAGAGUUGACACUUGAAGACGAGAACAAAGUCAAGAUGACUUUAGGGAAGUACAAGGAAGCAAUUGGAUGGACCCUAGCCGACAUUAAGGGCAUAAGUCCUACAUUAAGGAUAUUCAUGCUUGCAAGGGAGUAG